AUGUGGCCUUCAGAGUUGGGACAAGUGGGGCAGUUGAGAACACACACCAACUCGCAGUGGCAGUGGCACCGGCAGUGCAGCGUGGUGCACGGUACCAACAAAGAGCAACUUGAGCCUCGGGGCCUUCGGGGCCUUCGGGGCCUUCUGCAGCUGUGCAGCUUGGUGCAGGAGAACCCUGCUGUCGCGAGGCAGAUGUGCUACAAGGCCUUGGGCAGCAUGAUGAUCCACAAAGCCGAGAUCCUUUUCGUACAAGGGGUGGAGCAGGUGAAUCAGAUGUACUUAUUUACUGACGGGAAGCUGUCCUAUUUCAGAGAUAGCUCCGUUGGAAUUCACACCAAGGCCAGCAGUCAGAGAACAAACAUCGUUCGCAAAAAGGACAAGAUUACGAUUGGGCAAUGGUGA